AUGGCUACUAGAUCUUUCGCAUACUCAAGUGCUCCGCUUCGUACGGUGAAGGAGAUCCAAUUUGGUCUCUUUUCGCCUGAAGAAACACGUGCGAUCAGUGUGGUGAAGAUUGAGUUCCCUGAAAUUAUGGAUGAAAACAAACGGCUCAGAGAGGGUGGUUUGAAUGAUCCAAAAUUGGGAACUAUUGAUAGGGCUUUCAAAUGUCAAACAUGUGGUGAGGAUAUGUUUGAAUGCCCGGGUCAUUUUGGGCACAUUGAAUUGGCUAAGCCAGUUUUUCAUAUUGGUUUCAUUGCCAAAAUCAAGAAGGUUUGCGAGUGUGUGUGUAUGCACUGUGGUAAAUUGUUGAUUGAUAAAAACUCUUUGCAAGUCCAGCAAAUUGCUAAAAUCAAGGAUCCAAGAAAAAGACUUCAAGCAAUUUGGCAACUAAGUAAAACAAAAAUGGUUUGUGAAGCAGACUUGCCAACUGAAGAGGAAUUGGAAAAUAAUGACUCCGAAAACCCUAUUACUACUGGAGGUUGUGGUAACUAUCAACCAACUGUUAGAAAGGAAGGUUUGAAACUCUGGGGUACUUGGAAGAAGGACAAGAAUUCAGAUGAUGGCGACUCCCAACCAGAAAAAAGAUUGUUGACUCCAAGUGAAAUUUUGAACGUUUUCAAACAUAUCUCUGAUGAGGAUGCCGUUUUAUUGGGGUUCGAUAUUGAUUAUGCCAGACCGGAAUGGUUAAUCUUGACUGUUCUUCCUGUUCCACCACCACCAGUUCGUCCUUCUAUUGCGUUCAACGAAACAGCGAGAGGUGAAGAUGAUUUGACUUAUAAAUUGGCAGAAAUUUUGAAGGCAAAUAUCAAUGUGCAGAAAUUGGAAAUGGAUGGUUCUCCGGCCCAUGUUAUCACUGAAUUCGAAUCGUUAUUGCAAUACCAUGUGGCAACUUACAUGGAUAAUGAUAUUGCUGGCCAGCCAGUGGCCUUGCAGAAAUCUGGUAGACCAAUCAAGUCUAUUAGAGCGAGAUUGAAGGGUAAAGAAGGGCGUGUUAGAGGUAACUUGAUGGGUAAGAGAGUUGAUUUCUCAGCCAGAACUGUUAUUUCUGGUGACCCUAAUUUGGAUUUGGAUCAAGUCGGUGUUCCAAGGUCUAUUGCCAGAACUUUGACAUAUCCAGAGAUUGUCACACCAUACAACAUCCAUAGAUUAACGGAAUACGUGAGAAACGGUCCAAACGAACAUCCAGGUGCGAAAUAUGUUAUUAGAGAUACUGGUGACAGAAUUGACUUGAGAUAUCACAAAAGAGCUGGUGACAUUCAAUUACAGUAUGGCUGGAAAGUUGAAAGACAUCUUAUGGACAAUGAUCCAGUUUUGUUUAAUAGACAGCCUUCUUUGCACAAGAUGUCUAUGAUGUGUCAUAGAGUAAAGGUGAUGCCUUUUUCAACAUUCAGAAUCAACUUGUCUGUCACUUCUCCAUAUAACGCCGAUUUCGAUGGUGAUGAAAUGAAUUUGCAUGUUCCACAAUCUCACGAAACAAGAGCUGAGUUAUCCAACUUAGCAGCCGUUCCUUUACAAAUUAUUUCUCCUCAAUCUAAUAAGCCAGUUAUGGGUAUUGUGCAAGACACAUUAUGUGGUGUUAGAAAGAUGACUUUGAGAGAUAUUUUUAUCGAAUAUGAUCAAGUUAUGAAUAUCUGCUACUGGAUUAAAGACUGGAAUGGUGUUGUGCCUCCGCCAACCAUUUUGAAACCGAAGCCAUUAUGGACUGGUAAGCAAAUCUUGUCUUUGGGUAUACCAGAAGGUAUUAACUUAAUUAGAUUCGAAGAAAAAACCACAUACUUAUCAGAAAAGGAUGACGGGAUGUUGAUUCUUAAUGGUGAAGUUAUGUUUGGUGUCGUUAAUAAGAAAACAGUCGGGGCUUCGGCCGGUGGUUUGAUCCAUACCGUUUUCAGAGAAAAAGGUCACGCAGUCUGUGCAAAAUUAUUCGGUAAUCUUCAGAAGAUUGUGAAUUACUGGUUGCUUCAUAAUGGGUUCUCUAUUGGUAUCGGUGACACCAUUGCCGAUAAGGUAACUAUGGCCAAGAUUACUACCACCAUUAAUGCAGCCAAGCAAAAGGUGCAAGAAGUUAUUUUAGAUGCUCACGCUAACAGAUUAGAACCUGAACCUGGUAUGACUCUUAGAGAAGCCUUUGAAGCUAAUGUUGCCCAACUUUUAAAUAAGGCAAGAGAUGAUGUGGGUAAAUAUUCCGAAAAAUCUUUGAAAGACUCCAAUAAUGUGAAGCAGAUGGUUAUUUCUGGUUCUAAAGGUUCUUUCAUUAAUAUUUCUCAAAUGUCUGCCUGUGUGGGUCAACAGAUGGUGGAAGGUAAGAGAAUUCCAUUCGGUUUUGCUGACAGAUCAUUACCACACUUUACUAAAGAUGAUUUCAGUCCAGAGUCUAAGGGUUUCAUCGAAAAUUCAUAUUUGAGAGGGUUGACUCCUCAAGAGUUUUUCUUCCACGCUAUGGCUGGUAGAGAAGGGUUAAUUGAUACCGCUGUGAAGACUGCUGAAACCGGUUAUAUUCAAAGAAGAUUGGUCAAGGCCUUAGAAGAUAUCACUGUCCAUUAUGAUGGGACUGUUAGAAACUCUACCGGAACAAUUCUUCAGUUCGUUUAUGGUGAAGAUGGUUUGGACGGUACACAAGUUGAAAACCAACCGCUUGAUUCUUUGACAGCUUCUAAUAGUACAUUUGAAAAGAGAUAUAAGAUUGAUUUGAUGGAUUCUUCCACGAUGAUUAAUUCAUCAUUAAUUGAAUUUAGUGAUGAAAUUAGAGGUGACGUCGAACUCCAGAAUAUUUUGGACGAGGAAUAUGAUCAAUUGGUCAAAGAUAGACAAUUGUUGAGAGAAGUCUUUGCAGAUGGUGAGAGUAAAUGGCCAUUGCCUGUUAAUCUUAGACGUGUUGUCCAAAACUCCCAACAAAUUUUCCACGUUGAUAGAAAUAGUGCCAGUGAUUUGCCAUUGGAUUACAUUGUGUUAAAGGUUCGUGAAUUGUGUCAAAACUUACUCGUCGUCAGAGGUGAAGGUGAGCUCUUGUCUGAAGCGCAAGAAAAUGCCACUACUCUCUUCCAGUGCCUUAUUCGUUCAAGAUUGGCAUCCAGAAGAGUCAUUGAAGAAUAUAGAUUGAAUAAGGAUGCAUUCAACUGGGCGGUCGGUAAGAUUGAAGAAUUGUUCCAAAGAUCUGUUGUCCAUCCAGGUGAAAUGGUGGGUGUUUUGGCUGCACAAUCCAUUGGUGAACCUGCCACCCAAAUGACUUUGAAUACUUUCCAUUAUGCCGGUGUCUCGUCUAAGAACGUUACUCUUGGUGUUCCAAGAUUGAAAGAAAUUCUUAACGUUGCUAAGAAUAUUAAAACUCCUUCCAUGAGUAUUUAUUUGCAACCUGAAUACGCCCAAGAUGAAAUGAAAGCUAAGACAAUCCAAGCUGCUAUUCAAUAUUCUACGAUCAAGGAUAUUGUAGCGCUUACAGAAAUUUUCUAUGAUCCAGAUCCCCAAUCCACAGUCAUUGAAGAAGAUAUUGAUUUGGUUGAAGGUUUCUUCGCCAUUCCUGAUGAAGAAACUGAGAAAACCAUUGACCAACAGUCACCUUGGUUAUUGCGUUUUGAAAUCGACCGUAGUAGUUUGAUCGAUAAGCAAGUUACUUUGAGUCAAGUUGCUGAUAAAAUUAAGCAAGCCUUUGGAACAGAUAUUGCAGUUAUUUGGUCUGAAGAUGCCAGUUCUCAAAAAUUGGUUAUUCGUUUACGUAUUGUUAGAGACAGAAAGGCCCAAAAUGAAGAAAAUGAAGCGGAAGAAGACCAUAUUUUGAAGAAAAUUGAACAGCAUAUUUUGGAUAUUUCUUUGAGAGGUAUCGAGAAUGUUUCAAGAGUAUUCAUUUCUAAGAACGAACAUCAUAUGAUCAUUGACGAAGGUGGUAGCUUUAAGAAAACUAGUGAAACCAUUCUUGAAACUGAUGGUGUCAACCUUGCUGAAGUUAUGGCCGUUGAAGGUGUUGACCACAAGCGUACUUAUUCUAAUAAUUUUGUUGAAGUUUUGUCAGUUUUGGGUAUGGAAGCUGCCAGAGAGGCUCUUUAUAAGGAAACAUUUAAGGUCAUUUCUUUUGGUGGUUCUUAUGUCAAUUACCGUCAUAUGGCAUUGUUGAUUGAUGCGAUGACCUCAAGAGGUCACUUGAUGGCUAUUACUCGUCAUGGUAUUAACAGAAAUAACACUGGUGCAUUAAUGAGAGCAUCUUUUGAAGAAACCGUUGAAAUUUUGUUAGAUGCUGGUGCAGCAGCGGAACUUGAUGAUUGUAGCGGGGUUUCUGAAAACGUUUUAUUGGGUCAAAUGGCGCCUAUUGGUACUGGGGUGUUUGAUCUUUUGGUUGAUGAAGAAAGACUUAGAGACAUUCCAUUCAAUGGCAAUAUGGUAGACGAAGUUGGGCAAGCGGCGGGCUCUGGUGCUUUUGACGGUGCUGCCACACCUUAUGAUAUUAAUUCUGGCAGUGGUAGAUAUGAUAAUAUUGAUAUUGAUGAAGAUAUUAACUUCUCACCAAUUCAUGAAAGUAAUAUUAAUGAUAACCAAGGCGGGUUUACUGCCUACGGUGGCUCUGCUCAAAGUCCUUACAAUACCUCACCAAUGAAUAACACCUCACCAUACAAUGAUUUCCAAUCUACUUCUCCAUCGAAUACUUUCAGUUCAAGUCCUGGUUACGAUCCAAGUGGUUAUGCGGCAACUUCUCCAUCAUACUCACCAACUUCACCAUCAUAUUCUCCUACAUCGCCAAGUUAUUCUCCAACAUCACCAAGUUAUUCACCAACCUCACCAUCAUAUUCUCCUACAUCGCCAAGUUAUUCUCCAACAUCACCAAGUUAUUCACCAACCUCACCAUCAUACUCUCCAACUUCACCAUCAUACUCUCCUACUUCACCAUCAUACUCACCUACCUCACCAUCAUACUCACCAACAUCUCCAUCCUAUUCUCCUACAUCUCCAUCAUACUCUCCAACAUCACCAAGUUAUUCGCCAACCUCACCAUCAUACUCUCCAACCUCACCAUCAUACUCACCUACUUCACCAUCAUACUCACCAACAUCUCCAUCCUAUUCCCCAACAUCUCCAUCCUAUUCCCCAACCUCACCAUCCUAUUCUCCAACAUCCCCAUCAUACUCUCCUACCUCCCCAAGUUAUUCCCCAACCUCACCAUCAUACUCCCCAACCUAUAGUCCAAAGGAUAAGGAUAAUCAAGAGCAACAAUGA